GGACAGGGAGGAAGAGAGGGAGUCCCAAACAACGCACCACACUUUAAGUGGACAACAGAACAAUAAACAGAUAUUUGCUUCUGUUUUGGCAUUUUCUCUUUCUCUCCAAAUAACCAUAAGUACACUCCUGCUGUCGAUUUAGGAAUAUGAAAGCCGACGUCUGGACUAAUUCCAUUAUUACUGCUGUUGCCACGACCUGACUUAUGGACACAGGCAAGCCAAAGAAACACCAAUCCAUCCGUUGGGCCUAUUCGUCUGUUUUUAACUUUUGGCUACUAAUUCAUUUUCAGAGAACAAGGGUGAUGUGAAACUUUCGCAAAUUCGUGCGUUUGAUAAGAAGAACUUGGGGGUUUUAAAGUGUGUAUACAUAUUCUACCAAACGCUUUUUGUAUUGUUUAUAUAUAUAUAUAUAUAUGUAGGCCUAUAGAGAGAGAGAGAGAGAGAGAGAGAGAGAUGAAUUGUCCAGUAAUGUAAACAGAGGUUAAGAUCGCACGUGUAUAAUCUUUUAUUCCGACUGUUAAACAAAGAAAAGUCUUAACCAGGAGUUUGUAGGCUAUAUGGUAGUACUGCUGUCGCUAGUUUAUCCGGAUUUAUUUACGACUGAUUUAUCUGGAUGGUUUUAAACUCAGUAUCACUAAAUCAACACAAGAGGACGGAAAGCACUGAGGUUGUUUUUUCCACACUAGUCUUCGUCAAACACAACGUGGAAAUCUGUCUGACUGGCUUCUUUACCUGGAGGUUACCGUGGAGGUGUAUCCUGCAUGGAGACGGAUUUAAUGGCUGUUGGAGACGUGGACUCGGUUCAGGGAGGCAUGAUGUCCUUAGAUCCUGUGGUCGAUGGGAUUUUGAUGGACUCGUUUAGCCAACAACAGGGAUGGGUUCGGGUGUACGAUGUGAAGGGGCCGCCCAGCUACCACUUCUCCUGUGGCCAGUCGCCGUUCACAGAGCCCUGUGUUUGGGAGAGGAAGUACUGCAUCCUGACUGAUAGCCAGCUCAUCCUGCUCAACAAAGAGGAAGAGAUGCCAUCUGAGGUCCAUGAAAGCCCCACAGCCUCUUCGUCAAAGGGCCGCAGCCUCAGAAGGACAGUCAGUGUGCCCUCUGAAGGACAGUUCCAUGAGUAUCCAGUAGAGGGCAUCUCUAUGAUAGCAGAAGCAUCUGCGGAGCACUCUCCCAGGCGGAGGAGCAUAACGGGGCUGGACAGCUCGGAGAAGAACAUCUCCCUGGAUGGCCCCAACUCCUCGCCCUUCAAAGUGCCUGGGUUCUUAAGUAAACGACUGAAAGGAUCCAUCAAAAGGACAAAGAGUCAGACAAAGCUUGACCGCAACACAAGCUUUAGACUACCAUCACUGCGACCUACAGAAAACGACAGGUCACGAGCCCUGCCUAAACUGAAGGAGUCGUGUUCCCAUGAGUCUUUGCUGAGUCCAGGCAGUGCUGCUGAAGCUCUCGAUCUGAGUGUGGAGGAGGAUGUCUACAUCAAACCCCUACACAGCAGCAUACUAGGACAGAAAUUUUGCUUUGAGGUGACAUACUCGGGUGGAAGUAAGUGUUUUAGCUGUUCCUCGGCCGCUGAACGAGACAAAUGGAUGGAGAACCUCAAGAGAACUGUGCAGCCUAAUAAGGACAACUGUCGGCGGGCUGAUAAUGUCCUUCGCCUUUGGAUCAUCGAAGCUAAAGACUUUCCCCCGAAAAAGAAGUAUUUCUGUGAGUUGUGUCUGGAUGACGUGCUGUUUGCUCGCACCACCAGUAAAACCCGCUCUGACAGCCUGUUCUGGGGGGAGUACUUUGAGUUCUCCAGCCUUCCUUCGGUCAAGAGCAUCACUGUGCACAUCUACCGUGAUGUGGAUAAGAAGAAGAAAAAAGACAAGAACAACUAUGUAGGUUUGGUGAAUAUCCCCAUGCAGGGAGUGAUGGGAAGGCAGUUUGUGGAGAAAUGGUAUCCUGUCAGCACUCCCACGACCAGCAAAACCAAAGGUGGAGGCCCCUCAAUCCGCAUCAAAUCUCGUUUCCAAACCAUCUCCAUCCUGCCCAUGGAGCAGUACAAGGAGUUUGCCGAGUUUGUGACCAAUAACUAUACCAUGUUGUGCUCUGUGCUGGAGCCCAUCAUUAGUGUGAAGAACAAAGAGGAGGUGGCAAGUGCGCUAAUUCACAUUCUGCAGAGCACAGGAAGGGCAAAGGACUUCCUGACGGAUCUAGUGAUGUCAGAGGUGGAUCGCUGUGCUGACCAUGAUGUGCUGAUCUUUAGGGAGAAUACGCUAGCCACCAAAGCCAUAGAAGAAUACCUAAAAGUGGUGGGACAGAAGUACCUACAUGAUGCACUAGGAGAAUUUAUUAAAGCGCUGUAUGAGUCUGAUGAGAAUUGUGAAGUGGAUCCAUCUAAGUGCUCCAACAGUGAGCUGCAAGAACACCAGAGUAACCUGAAGAUGUGCUGUGAGCUGGCCUUCUGCAAGAUCAUCAACUCUUACUGUGUUUUUCCCCGGGAGCUGAAGGAGGUAUUUGCAUCAUGGAAGCAGCAGUGUCAUGCUCGAGGGAAGCAGGACAUCAGUCAGCGUCUUAUUAGCGCAUCACUCUUCCUGCGUUUCCUCUGUCCUGCCAUCAUGUCCCCAUCCCUCUUCAGUCUCAUGCAGGAAUAUCCAGACGACCGCACCUCGCGAACACUCACCCUCAUCGCCAAAGUCAUCCAGAAUCUUGCUAACUUUGCCAAAUUUGGGAACAAAGAGGAGUACAUGGCCUUCAUGAAUGACUUUCUGGAGCACGAGUGGGCUGGUAUGACUCGUUUCUUGCUGGAGAUCUCUAACCUCGAGACCAUCUCCAACACCCCAGGCUUUGAGGGCUACAUUGACCUGGGCCGCGAGCUAUCAGUGCUGCACGCGCUAUUGUGGGAGGUGGUGUCUCAACUGGACAAGGGUGACAAUUCCUUCCUGCAGGCAACAGUGGCCAAAUUGGGGCCCCUGCCACGUAUCCUUGGCGAUAUCACCCGCUCGCUCUCUAGCCCCACCCCUAUCCAGCAGCAACUCAGGCGCUUCCAGGACCAUAGCUCCUCUCACGACAUCAGUGGAAGUGUUUCCUCAGGACUGCAAAGAAUAUUUGAAGACCCAGCAGACAGUGAAAUUAGGAGCAUCAAAUCCCCUGUCCAGGAGCACAUGGAGGCCUUAGCCAGAGGAAAGCAUCCCUUUUUGGGCCAGCAGUCCUCUGCGCACAGCAUGAGCUUCUCUGACAAAGAGGAGCGAGACAGUCCCCUCCCUAAUGGACGCAGCAUAUCUUUAAUGGACCUCCAGGACUCUUACCUUCCACAGGGCCAUCCAGCACCCACCUCUCUCCACGAAGCCCCACAAAGGUUAGGACAGGUGGGCUCUCAGGCAUCCAUCGGACCUCUGCCUCCUCCACACCAGUACCAGACUGCAAUCCAUCCAAAAGUCCCCCAGCUACGGGACAACUUGCCUCAGAGUGCUCCCCAGGUGCGCCGUCCUCUCCACCUUUCCCUUAGCCAGCAACGCAGCCUACAGCCGCUCUCAUUCCAGAACCCCGUGUACCACCUCAGCAACCUGCAUGCACAAUCCAUGCACUCGACUCAGUGUACACACUCUGUCCAAUUCCUGCAGCCAGACUCUAGCUCAGAGAACCUGAGCACAGGCAGCUCUCAUAGCGCCAGCCCCAGCACAUCAGGGCGGUGUGCCACCCCCAGGGCCAGGAUGCCCUCAAUCAGCAGCGUGGAGGAGGAACUUAACCACAAAAGCAUACAAGGGCAGGAGACUCCUCCUCUCACAGCACGCUGGCACCCGCCCCUGGCAGACUCGAACUCUGGAGCACAGGUUGUGGCAGUGCCAAGGCAAAGUAGCACAGGGACAGCACAUAUUGUGAAAGUAGAGCAGCAGAGUCGUGAAGCAGGAUUGGCAGGAGGGAAUGUGGGAGCGAGAACCCCUAGAUCUCUUCCUCACAGCACCUCCCUGCAUAGUAGCAGCAGCAUCAACACUGAACCAAUGCAGCACAGUGGAGACAGACCCAAGCAGCAGUCCAUGUGCUCCAGAAACAGCUCGGUACCUGGAGGGCGAGGUAUCAAACAGGUCCAGUCCCCUGUAGAAUCGGUCACCAUGUCCCCAGUGGAGAGAACAGCAGCGUGGGUUCUGAAUAAUGGCCAGUAUGAGGAUGAAGAAGAGGAAGGUCAAAGCAAAGAGGAUGGCAAACAUGUAGAGAAGUAUGAACAGGAGAUCUCAAAGCUGAAGGAGCGUCUGCGGGCGUCUAGUCAGCGACUGGAGGAGUAUGAGGGACGGCUGCUGGCACAGGAGCAGCAGAUGCAGAAGCUGCUCUUGGAAUACAAGGCUCGAUUGGAGGACAGUGAGGACUGUCUGCGCAGACAGCAAGAAGAGAAAGACAGCCAGAUGAAGAGUAUUAUCUGCAGGUUAAUGGCCGUGGAGGAAGAACUGAAGAGAGACCAUGCAGAAAUGCAGGCUGUCAUAGAUGCCAAACAGAAGAUAAUUGAUGCCCAGGAGAAGAGGAUCAGCUCCCUGGAUGCAGCUAACUCACGGCUAAUGAGUGCCCUGACUCAGGUUAAAGAACGCUACAGCAUGCACAACCUCCGCAAUGGACUGUCGCCCACCAACCCCACCAAGCUCUCCAUCACUGAGAAUGGAGAGUUCAAGAACAGCAGUUGCUGAUUGGUGCUCAUGGACUUGAAGAGCCAUACUGAAUGGUGCAACAAGAAAAAUCUCUGGCACUGAUUAGUGAAGUUCAAGAUGGACAGGGCACCCUUAGCUGGAGGCUAAAUUGACUGACUACUGUAUACAUGCAAUUGCAAGGAAUGUCUGGUUAUUAAUGUAAAUUAACAUUAUCUAAUAUUGUUUAUGUACAUAAAUGCUGCUGCAGAGAGGAGUGUUUUAAAUUGCGUGGGACUGUUCAGCAAAGAGUUUUGAGUCAGUAAGUUUGUGGGUUUUUUGUUUUUUAUUUUAAAUAUUGAUAUAUGCCUAAAUGCAGAUUUUUGACUGUGAAAAGGUUUGUAAUUAUUAAGAUAUUAAGAUAUAUGAAGGAGAUGUACAUAUCGUAAAAAUUAAAUUGUUUUAAAAGAAAAUAUGAAUAAAAGCACAUAGGUAUUAGUCAUAUGUCGUAAAUGUCUGCAGGUAACAGAAGCUGACAGGUAAAAACAGAAGGUAAUUUUUUGCACUGUUUUCU